GUGGAAGUUUUCAGCUGGUCUAAGUGCAGCCAGGAGUUACCGUAUCUCGACGUUUUUCUCUGUUUGGCCUUCGGUGCGGCGCGAACGGUCUUAAAUAGAAACUAUCAUUUCAAAGUACCUUCAUAAGAAGAAAAAACGAGUUGGUAAACACUCGUGACUCUCCCGUCAUCCUCUGCGAAACAAGUUAUGUGGUACAUGUAUGUGUUGCCGUUAUCUGAAGGUAAUUGCGAGCGUUCAGGUAACAGCGACUGGCGUCCCUAUGAAAACUUUGUAAGUGGUAAGUUAACCGCGGCAGAGCAAGGCCCAACUGUAAUACACAAACCCCAGGAGGCACUGCACAAGAUACUGUGGUGUUUUUUUAUUGCUCAUUUGCAGUGACGACUUAUAUCUGUCUCUCAAUGCGCCCAUAUAGGUUUACCUUAACCUGCUAGCCAAAUGAAGCUAACGUGCUGAACGUGACUGGUUAGUGUUCCCAAGAGCUGGCCUCCUGAUUAUUUAACUCUGUCGUGCUCAUUUAAAACUUGACAAUCCGAUUCUUCCUUCUUACUCCGUUAAGUUAGCAUUAUAUUAGUUGACUUGUAUUUAGUGGUAUGAUAUUACAUGAGCUAAGUUGAGAUUUAUACCGCGUCUGAGAUCAUGCAGACUCUCACUGCCUUCUCCAGUGGCGAUGUUUAGUAAAAUGAGCAAACGAAAUAAAAUUAGAUUUAAAGAAACAUUUGAUCUGGAACAAAGGAAAAUAGAUUUAAAUGUUAAAAUAGAUAAACAGUAAUAUCACCUCACUAAAACUUAAAGUUAAAUACAUGAAAUGCAUUUAGUCUUCCCCAGUUUGGUUUUAUUUAUUGAGAAAAGGAUGCGUUCACAAUAAUGUGUUUGUCUUGAAAUAUGUGUUAACUUAGACCAACAAAAUAUAAUAAUAUUUGAAGAAUAAAGUUUUGUAAGCUAUUUAAAAACUAAACUGAAAUGAACAAAGCCUCUCUCAAAAUUAAUUGAAAUGCAUUAGAACUGCAAAUAAUACUGAAAUAAGAAAAAAUCGAAAUCACCUGCUCCUUUCUGCUGCUCCCUUUAAGAGUCACCACAAUGGGUCAACUCCCUUCAUUUCACCCUAUCUGUAGCACCCUCCUCUGUCACACUAACACUCUCCGUGUUCUCCUUCACUACAUCUAAGAAUCUCUUCUCUUGUCUUUCUCUUUUCUUCAUACCUAGCAGCUCCAUCUUUAUCAUCCUUUGUAGCAACCUCAGUCUAAGCUGACCCUUUCAUGUACUCAUUUUUAAUCUUGCCCAUUCUAGUCAGGCCUAAUGAAAAUCUUAGAUCUUCACCUUUAACAGCUCCAGCUCGACCUCCCGCCUUUUUGUCAGUGCUCCAAACCAUACUUCAUAGCCCGUCUCACUCCCAUCCUCUAAACCUUCGCUUUCACUUUUGCUGCUGUCCUCCUGUCACAAAUCACCCGUGACACUCAUCUCCACUCACUUCCCCCUGUCUUCACUUUCUUCUUCACCUCUCACCUCUUGAUUCCUCUUCUAUCCAAUGCAUACCUCCAUCUCUCCACCUUCUCUAAAUAUUAAAAUUGGAAUAAUUGCAGGCAGAUUGCUAGACAGCUAAAUAAACAUAGCUGAUUCCAACACCAUCAGUGAAACAGCCUCUUAAAUUUUGUCAGUGUAUUUGCCAAGAAAACAUUUCUCAGUUUGCAUGCCCACUAAACCUUUACACACCCUCCGUGUCUUCUGCUCAUCUGAAGCCGGGUUGCAGUAUUCAGACAUCCUUCUCCCUAGCCACUCUUUCCAGUUCCCCAUGGGGGUCCCAAGGCAUUCCCAGGUCAGAUGAGAUGUAUAAUCUCUCCAGCAGGUUCUGGGUCUACCCCAGGGUCUCCUCCCAGUUAGGUAUGCCCAGGAGGCAUUCUAACUAGAUGCCUGAAAUACCUCAACUGCCUCCUUUCAGCAUGCAAGGAAAGAGCCUUUAUACAGUCAUGUGCAGAUUGUUUUACAUAAUAAUAAAAUAAAAUGAAUGUGAUAAGCUUCAAAAGAUAUGAGAUAUAGUCUGUUUUUGAAACUAUAUCAAUGGUGUGAAGUAAUCAGUCGCUUCCUCUUUUUAUAGUGUUAUAUUUAAUAUUUGGAGAACCACAUGAUCAUAACAGUCUAUUCUUUUAUGUCAGCAGGCCACAUUGUGUGGUUUGACGACUCCCCAGCCUGCUUCAUGCAUAGUUUUCAGAGUGUGUGACAAGCUGUCAGGUGAACACUACAUGACUUACAGAAGAUAACAGAACCCAGAAGAAUUUGUGCAGCCAUCAUGUCCACAGACACCAACCAGGACCCUCCUCAGCUUGUUAAUCCCCCACCUCCCGAGGUGACCAGUCCCAACAAGCCAGGCCGGAGGACCAACCAGCUGCACUAUAUGCAGAACAUAGUGAUCAAAUCCCUGUGGCGGCACCAGUUCGCCUGGCCUUUUUACCAGCCUGUCGAUGCAGUUGCUCUUGGACUGCCAGACUAUCAUAAAAUAAUAACAUCGCCCAUGGACAUGGGAACCAUUAAGAAACGACUAGAGAACAACUAUUAUUGGAGUGCGAGUGAAUGCCUGCAAGACUUCAACACCAUGUUUACCAACUGCUACAUAUACAAUAAGCCUACAGACGAUAUUGUCCUGAUGGCGCUCGCCUUGGAAAAGAUUUACUUGCAAAAAGUUGCCCAGAUGCCUCAGAAUGAAGUGGAGAUUGUUCCUCAUGCUGCCAAAGGGAAGGGCAAAAAAAGUAGCACACCAGAAAGCAGGAAGAGGCGUGAGAGCUCAAGCCGUGCCAAGAGCGACUUUGAAGAGGAGUCAUCACAACAAAACACUGAACCCUGUGGCCUUAGUGAACAGCUGAAGUACUGCAAGCAUAUCCUGAAGGAAAUGCUCUCUAAGAGACAUUCUGCCUAUGCCUGGCCUUUUUACAAGCCUGUAGACGCAGAAGCUCUGCAGCUACACGAUUAUCACGACAUCAUCAAGUACCCCAUGGAUCUCAGCACGGUUAAAAAAAAGAUGGAUGCAGGAGAAUACCAGGAUGCACAAGCGUUUGCUGCAGAUGUUAGGUUAAUUUUUUCUAACUGCUACAAAUACAAUCCUGCACAUCAUGAUGUUGUUAUUAAGGCCAGAAAACUUCAGGGAGUUUUCGAGCAAAGGUUUGCAAAGAUGCCAGACGAACACAUGGAAGUGACCUCACAAGCAGGUGGCAGUUUGGAGAAACCAGAGUCUGCAGAGGAGCGUGCCACCCGACUUGCUGAGUUGCAAGAACAGGUGGGUGCAGAUCAGCUUAAAGCCGUUCAUGGACAGCUUGCUGCUCUGUCUGAAUCCCCUGUGAGUAAACCAAAGAAGAAAAAAGAAAAGGACAAAAAAGACAACAGCCGACAAAAUGUAGGAGUAUUGAAUUCCAGAUGUACAUCAAAUUCCUGUGCUAGAUAUUCAUGGAAAGGGAGCAAUGAAUGGGAGUCAGAGGAUGAAUCUUUGCCAAUGACUUAUGAUGAAAAGCACCAGCUAAGCCUGGACAUUAACCGGUUACCUGGCAUGAAACUGGGCCACGUGGUGCACAUCAUUCAGAGCCGGGAGCCCUCGGUGUGCAACACCAACCCAGAUGAAAUCGAGAUUGACUUUGAGACGCUAAAGCCAUCCACUCUGCGCGCUCUGGAGCAAUAUGUCAAGUCAUGUCUCUGUAAGAAGUUUAAGAAAUUUCAAAAGAAAAGCCGUCAAACUCCAUCUCAUCGCACCACCAGCAGCAGCAGCAGCAGUUCUUCAGAUUCUGCCAACACCAGCUUCACUGAGUCUAGCACAGAAGACAGUGACUCAUGAUCACUGUAUUGAUUUUAUUUAUUUUUGCUAUUAUGACCAAAAGACAUUUUGUCAAAUAUAUUAAACCUCUCUAUUUUGUUACCUGUUCAUUAUGUUUAAAAUAAAAAUUCCCAUUGAAAAUGUUUGUACUGUAUUUUAAAUAACGAUCUCUCUGGUGUUUAUCAGACUCUAAAUCUGCAGCAGAGCCAGAUGGCAUUCUGCUUGGGUAAGAGUAGAUUUCAUUACAUCAGUUUCAGACGAUAACGUCUUUGAUUGACCAUUAUCCCAUUUUUUUUUACAUUUGUUUUUUCUUUGCUGAUUUGGAAAUACUUCAAUUUAUAUUACUAAUAUUAAGUGCUGUAACUAAAUUGUUUCUUAACCAUGUAUUGACCAAGAUUUAUACAGGCGUGGUGGACUUAUUUUGGCUGUCAAAUGAAACACAGUAACCAUUUGAAUUUUCUUAAAAGCCCCCAAAAUGGUUGAGAAGUACAGUAAUGUGAAGUGCACAUGGUAACAUCUAGGCAGAUAUCCCCAUAAAGCUCUUCUACUCUUCUUUAUGAAAUCACUGGAAUUUUCUCUUUUCAGCACAAACGGUAAUGGAGGUAUGAUCAUUUAAAAAUGCCUGUAAAAUGGGCCCAUGGUAAACAAAGGGUUAAUUUAGCACUAAAUGCAUUUAGGUGUACCAUGCAAGGAUAAUGCACGUUACAUAAGACUGAUGAAUUAUCAGGUCUCAACAGUUUUCUUAUUUUUAUUCUGUAUGAAGGUGAAAUUGAGCAGCAGAGGCCAGGAACAUUAUGAAACACUGCAGUUUGCUUUGGGGAACAGUCCAAACAGUGGGAAUGUAAUUUCCCAUGAACAAAUCACACCAUAAAAAAUGCUUUCCAGAAACCCUAAUAACAAAUUUUAGAGAUUUUCGUGAUGGCAAAAAGAUGUAAUGGAGAGUUGAUUGCGCGGAAUAUGAACAGUUCUUGUUGUUGCAUACUGUUUUGUUUUCAGCUUCCAUUC